AUGGGGAACAGCAGCUCUCUGAUGCUUCGAGAAGAGGAAAUUGACGAAAUCGUCAAAGAAACUGAAUUCAACAGAAACCAAAUCGUCCGUUUGUACAGCAGAUUCCUUUCUCUCGACAAAAAAGGGCAAGGAUUCCUAUCCAGAGAUGACUUCUUAAAUGUGCCUGAGUUAGCAGUCAAUCCAUUGGGAGAUCGUAUUGUAGACGCUUUCUUCACCUUAGCCGGAGACAAUGAGCAACAAUUGAAUUUCCGUCAAUUCGUCAGAAUUUUGGCUCACUUCCAACCUAUCAACAGGUCUAAGAGCAACUCUUUGAAUAGUCGUAGCCAGAAAUUGCGAUUCGCUUUCCAAAUGUACGAUCUCAAUAAGAAUGGUUAUAUCACGAGGGAAGAGUUCAAAGUAAUACUCAACAGUAUGGUCGGAGCUAAUAUAACUGCUGAACAGUUGGAUAAAAUCGCUGACAGGACCAUUGAGGAGGCCGAUGGCGACCAAGAUGGUCGAAUCUCGUUCGAGGAGUUCUGCCGAGCCAUGGAGAAAACUGAUAUUGAGGAAAAAAUGUCCAUACGAUUCCUUAACUAA